AUGUCUAACCAUUUGAAUAAGUGUAUUCGUGAUGGCGAUAAUCCGGAUCUUACUGCUGAACGACUCACUGCCACGUUUGACACUCAUGCAAUGGCCGGAGAACUUCAUGGUGGACCUGUGAAUGCGAGAAGACGUCUUGAAAUUACUGAAGCCGUUGAAAAGAUUCCGGAGCUUCAUGAUUCGAAGCCAUACCCAUUCAUGAGCCGUGAAGAAAAAGUAUCAGAAGCAGCUAGAAAAUUGGUUGUUCUUACGAAGCACAUGAAUAAUAUCGUUGAUUUCUCGAACGCCGCUGAAGUUUUUCAUUUUGGAAAUGAAGUUUUGGGACUUGAAGGUCAUCCAAUGGCCCUUCACAAUGUCAUGUUCAUUCCAUCGCUUCGUGGUCAUGGAGACGAUGAGCAACAGAAAAAGUGGCUCACUAGAGCCCUACGUCGGGAAAUUAUUGGUACAUAUGCUCAAACCGAAUUGGGUCAUGGAACAAAUUUGAGAAGCCUUGAAACAACUGCAACUUUUGAUGAAUCUACCGACGAAUUUGUGCUUCAUACUCCUCAAAUCACGGCCCUUAAAUGGUGGCCGGGAAAUUUGGGCAAAAGUUCAAAUUAUGCCGUCGUUGUUGCAAGCUUGAUCAUUAAAGGAAAAAAUUAUGGACCGCACUCUUUUCUGGUGCAAUUGAGAGAUGAAAACACACAUGUUCCAUUGAAAGGUAUAACCAUUGGUGACAUUGGACCAAAAAUGGCAUACAAUAUGACGGAUAACGGAUUCCUUGGAUUCGAUCAUGUCCGAAUUCCAAGAAGACAUAUGUUGAUGAGACACUCCAAGGUUGAGCGAGAUGGAACUUUUAUCAAGCCUCAGAACUCCAAGAUCAAUUACUCUGCUAUGGUGCACGUCAGAGCGCAUAUGAUUUCACACCAGGCACUAUUCUUGGCCUCAUGCUUGACCAUCGCAGUGAGGUAUUCGUCGGUUCGUCGACAAGGAUUUAUUGACCCAAAAGGACAGGAAGUGAAAGUUCUUGAAUAUCAAACUCAGCAACAUCGUCUCUUCCCACACAUUGCAAGAGCUUAUGCAUUCAACUUUGCUGGAACUGAAACUGUUCGCCUUUACGAGAAGGUUCUCAGCCAAAUUGCCACUGGCGACAUGUCAUUGAUGGCUGACCUUCAUGCAUUAACUUCUGGAUUGAAAUCUGUGGUCACUUAUCUCGCUGGACAAGGAAUGGAACAGGCUCGUAUGUCUUGUGGAGGUCACGGAUAUUCGUUGGCAAGUUAUUUCAAUGAAAUUUAUGGUGUUGCAAUCGGAGGAUGCACCUAUGAAGGAGAAAAUAUGGUCAUGCUUCUUCAGUUGGCAAGAUAUCUUGUCAAAUCGGUCGGAUUGGUCAAGAGUGGUUAUUCGCACAAACUCGGACCACUUGUCUCGUAUCUCGGCGAGAAGAGCGAACCAAAUUCUCUUAUUGAUCGUAUUCCAAAUGGAGGAUUUGACGUUUACGUGAAAACUUUCCGCCAUAUCGCGAGGAGACAAACCUUCAAAGCUGCUGAAAAGUUCUUGUCACUUGUCGAGUCUGGAACUCAAAAGGAGUUGGCAUGGAAUAUGUCAUCAGUGGAGUUAAACAGAGCAAGUCGACUUCACACCAGACUCUACAUCGUUGAAGCGUUUGUCAGACGCGUCAAUGAAGUAAUUCACUUCGAUGUUAAGAAUGCUCUCACCGACUUGCUCUAUCUUCAUAUGAACUAUGAGCUGCUCGACAUGUCUCAGUAUGCUCUUGAGGAUGGAUUUUUGAGCACUUCUCAACUUGAUUAUAUCCGUGACCAAUUGUAUUACUACCUUGAAAAAGUUCGACCAAAUGCUGUGUCUUUCGUCGAUUCUUGGGAGAUUAGCGAUCGCGAAUUGCGUUCGGUUCUGGGAAGAAGAGAUGGACAUGUUUACGAAAAUCUGUUCAAAUGGGCGAAGGAGAGCAAUCUGAACAAGCAUGAUGUUCUUUCGACGUACGAACAAUAUUUGAAGCCAAUGAUGGUCGAGGCCAGAAAGAAUAGCAAAUUGUAA